AUGGCGAAGUUGGGUGGCUUGGCCGGGAGGCUGCUGCGCGGCCGUCUGGGAGCCCCCUGCCGCCCGGAUCGGGCUUGCAGGCGCACAGCCAGCGCGGCUCAGGUGGCGUCAUCCGCCAGCGAGGGCGAGGAGCGGCUCAAGCGGCCGGAGGAGCUGCCGGGACCGGGGCUGCUCGGCUCCCUCUACUGGCUCUUGGCGAGGGGCUACUUGCUGCACACGCACCGCCUACAGAUCAUUUCCAAGCAACUGUAUGGUCCCAUGUGGAAAUCCAAGUUUGGCUCUUACAAUAAUAUUAAUAUUGGCAGUCCUGAAGUCCUAGAGCAGCUGUUGCGUCAGGAAGGGAAGUACCCCAUCCGGAGUGACAUGGCCCUCUGGAAGGAGCACCGGGACAAGCGAGACCUGCCCUAUGGCCCCUUCACUGAGGAUGGAGAGCGGUGGCAUCGCCUGCGGCAAGUGCUGAACAAGCGGAUGCUCAAGCCUUCAGAAGCUGUGCUGUAUGCUGAUGUCAUCAAUGAGGUGGUCUCUGACCUAAUGGUGCAUCUGGAGGAUGUGAGGGCAAAAAGCUCUUCUGGGGUGAUGGUCCAAGAUGUGGCCCAAAUACUUUACCGAUUUGCCUUAGAAGGCAUAUCCUACAUUCUGUUUGAGACCCGUAUUGGCUGUCUGAAGAAGCAGAUCCCUGCGGAGACACAGCAUUUUAUUGAUGCUAUCGGAGACACACUGAAGAAUUCAGUCUUUGCCACCCUGCUGCCCAAGUGGACCCGAGGAACGUUGCCCUAUUGGAACCGCUACUUGCAGGGCUGGGACACAAUCUUUGCCUUCGGAAAGAAACUGAUCGAUCAGAAGAUGACGAUGUUAGAAAAGCAUCUGGAGCAAGACGAGGAGGUCUCAGGCUACCUAACCUACCUGCUGUCCACUGGAAAACUUAGCCAUAAAGAGGUUUAUGGCAGCAUAGCUGAGCUGCUGCUUGCUGGCAUAGAUACGACAUCCAAUACCCUCUCAUGGGCCAUGUACCACUUGUCCCAGGACUUGAAGAUCCAGGAAGCUUUGUACCAGGAAAUUAUCAGUGUGGUGCCCAAAGAUCAAAUCCCUGAUGCCAAAUCUCUUGCCAGGAUGCCAUUGCUGAAGGCCAUAAUCAAGGAGACUCUCCGGCUGUAUCCUGUGGUCCCUGCUAAUGCCCGAAUCAUUGCAGAGAAGGAUGUGGUUGUUGGAGGAUACAAGUUUCCAAAAGACACCCUGUUUGUGCUUGCCCACUAUGCCCUCUCACAUGAUGAGACCUAUUUCCCUGAGCCGGAACGUUUCCUACCACAUCGCUGGCUGCGAGAGCACAGGGAAUCAGCUCCUCCCCACCCCUUCAGCUCCAUUCCCUUUGGCUAUGGGGUACGUGCCUGUGUGGGGCGUCGCAUUGCUGAGCUUGAGAUGCAUCUGGCUCUUGCCAGGAUCAUCCGGACAUUCUCAGUCAGGCCAGAUCCAAACUGCAAAGUGGUGAAUCCCCUCUCUCGCAUUGUGCUUGUGCCAGACAAGCCCAUUAACCUGAAUUUCCUUGACAGAGAAACAGUGCUUUAACUGACCUAAGGCUGCAUUCCAGACUCAUCUGGACAGGCUGCAAAAAUUCAAAGCUCAGAUUCUUUGGUUUGAUGGGGGAGUAGUGGGCAUCUCUAUGCCGAGAUCCACAUAGCUCACAAAUUUCCGUCCAUGAGUCCCUGCUCGGCUGAGCACCAUAUUCUGCUCCUGCUUCUUGCUUGCGGGGUGUGUGUGUGUGUGUGUGUGCGUGUGUGCGCGUGUAGUGCAUAGAAUAGUGAGCAUCCUUCUGAAUGGACUGGUUUUCUGCUUCACCACUUUCUCACUCAUAGGGCUCCCAAGACUGAGAUGUCCAAGAACAAAAGCCUGGCUCUUCAAAGUACUCUUAAAAUCCCACAGGUCUAUAGCUUGAGCACUUGGUAUACCUGUAGAUGCAGGUAGUAACAGCCCACAUGGAACACUACACACAUUCAGCAAUUGAAAGGCAGUUUGGAAAUGCGCAUUUCCAUGUGUAAAAGCACUGAUUUAAGCAAGAAGGUUUUCCUAGCGCUUUGCAUGCUCUUGCGUAUUAUUAGCAUAAGUUCCUAUUAGCCCCAAAGAGUGAUAUAUCUCCUAUAUAGAAUGAACAAAAAGAGAAAAACGGACCUACUGCUGACUGAUUUUCCACCCCAGUUAAAAAAAAAAAAACUGGCAGAAUAUAUGUUUGACUGUAGGAGAACGACAUAUCCUUAAAAAAAAUACAAAUGAAAUAAAACAUUCCUACAAAGAA